AUGCCUUCUGCUGAUUGUGAUCUAAAUCAAAUUGAAUUCAAUGGGUCCUUGUACCAUUUCUCUCAAAACUCGUCCGACUUUUACACAUCGAAAGUCUCUUGUGAGGAUCUUGGAAUGCAUUUGGUCUCGAUAGGAUCCAAGCUAGAACAGGACUUCUUGGUCUCCAACCUACCCGACAAUAGCUCAGAAUACUGGAUAGGACUAGACAGUGUGACUUGGCAAGACGGUUCAAACUUGACUUACAACAGGUUCAGAGGAUAUCCGUAUGAUCUUGAUGAAGGAGGAGCUUAUUUCGUAAUGCGUAUACCGUUUCCAACCUAUUGGCGUAAUGACAUCAUCAGUGUCGACCACAAGCAUCAUUGCAUUUGUGAAAAAGAGGGCGCCUGUAAUCCAGGUCUUGUCGAAUUCCAUGGGUCUUGCUAUCACUUCUCUGGUAUUGUUUCAAAUUACAACGCAUCCAAAGCACUUUGUGAGAGCAUGGAAAUGCAUUUGGUCUACAUAGGUUCUCAAGAAGAACAGGAUUUUGUGGAGAUAAUCCAAGCACCUUAUAUCGUGAUCGGUACGUGGAUCGGGCUUAGUGAUGUGACCUGGCUCGAUAAUUCUAGUCUGACCUAUGCCAAUUUCAAUAUAACCACCUCGACAUUCGAUGAUGGAGGAACUUAUUUCGUGAUGAGCUCGUCGUCCUCGUUCCGGUGGCUCGACGAUGACGGAUCAAACCUUCACUAUGCCAUCUGUGAAAAGGAAGGAGAUUGUGAAGGGGUCCCAAUUACCAACUACAAUCACAGUGGGUCCUGCUAUUGCGUCUAUCCUACCCCUGUCAGUUUCAUGAGGGCGAAAUCGAUUUGCGAGACUUAUGGAAUGCAUCUGGUCUCGAUCGGAUCCGAGGGAGAGCAAGGUUUCUUGGUAAUCUACAACAUUCACCCCUAUAACGAGUCAAGGUUGCACCGACGUUGCUACAUUCAGUUCUCUACCGGCGACCGAUACCACUUCAGCAACAUCUACCACAGGCACAUCCCAAGCGAUGGCUACGUCUCCAAUCUCUGCCACACACACAACCCAAGCGAUGGUUACGUCUCCAAUCUCUGCCACACGCACAGAACGGGCGAAGGCGGCAACUGCAAUCUUCUCUGCUCCGGUGGCAGCUCACAAGCAAUCCACUUACUUCAGACUUCUGGCCAAUGGCGCAACACUCGUCGAUGUCCUCGUCCGUUCAUCGUAUACCGCAUCGAGCGUCAUCGCAUGCGUCCACCGGUGCCUAGAUGA